AAGGAUUUGUAUCGCAAAAAGUUGCCAAGCAACCUUCCUCGCUGCCUUUCGUCUCCACUAUGACGAUAUGGUACUGAGUAGCAUUUCUAAUCUGGAGCCAUGUGUGGACACGCUUUUUGACAAGAGGCUUCUCAUAAGGUGGUAUAAAGGGAGCUUUUACACACAUCUUGUAUCGACAUAAGCACACUCGCUCUUCACCGCCUCCAUAGCCAGAGAUUUCUACUCCGAGUUCUCACGUACUUUUGCAAUGCCAUCUUACGCCAUCACGGGAGCUUCACGAGGCAUUGGUUGGGGCUUCGUCAAGCAUCUUUCUGAAGACCCCUCGAACACGGUCAUUGGACUUGUCCGCAAUGCGCCUCCAACCAUCGAGCGCGUGAAGAACGAGCUCGCAGAUCGCAAGAACAUCCACAUUCUCCAAGCUGACCUGAACGACAUCCCCGCGCUCAGGAAAGCCGCCGCAGACACCGCCACCAUCACUAGCGGCACCCUCGACUACCUCGUCGGCAACGCCGCGUACCUCGACACGUUCGACCAAUUCGCCGGCCCCGGCGACCUCCUCGCCAACUCCUCAACUGAAGAGUUCACCAAGCAGUUCCGCAGCUUCUUUGACACAAACGUCCUCGCGCAGAUAUUCCUGUACGAGGCCUUCUUGCCGCUUCUCCUGAAAGGUCCAACCAAAAAAGUGCUGUCUAUUUCCAGUGGCAUGGGCGACCUCGACUUCAACAGGGAGUGGGAACUUGACCAGGCCAUCUUGUACUCGAGCACCAAGGCUGCGCUGAAUAUGGUCAACAUCAAGUUCGGCGCGCAGUACAAGAAAGACGGCGUGCUGUUCAUCAGCAUGUGUCCUGGCAUUGUAGACACUGGGUAUGCCAAUAAUAUUAAUCCUCAGGAAGCGGCCAAAUUCCAGGAAUUCGUCGGUAAGAUGCAGGUGUACUCGCCGGCAUUCAAGGGGGCGUAUGAGCCGGUAGAGUCCGUGAAGAUGAUGUUAAGCGCGCUAGAUAAGCUGAGCAUCGAGAAUGGGGACCAGGGGAAGUAUCUGUCGCAUCUUGGGACAAAGAGGUGGCUGCCUUAGAUAUUGGGGGGUGUGGCGGUAGAUCCAGAAUUGGUGCGAUUGCAGAGACGUUGAAUUGUUGCAUGAAUCUUAUGUUGAGCUUAGACAUGCCGUGACUGUAGUCUCGUUGGUAUUCCUACACUAUCC